CUGUGGGGUGGUAGUAAGCGCAGUCGCGCCGCGUCCCCGCCGCCUCUGCCGCCUCAGUCACCCUGCAGGCCACGGGCCCCCACUCGCAGUUCUGCCUGAUCCUGCAUCUUGGUCACCUUGCUCCUACGAGAUGACGCUCAAAUCGAGCGAGGGCGAGGGGGGGGGCAGCAUGCGCACCGCGCUCUCUGACCUCUACUUGGAGCACUUGCUGCAGAAGCGCAGCCGGCCCGAGGCUGUGUUGAACCAGUUAAAUGUUGUCACAGAGGACAUGUAUACCAAUGGGUCCACUGCUCCAGGUAGCCCUGCUCAGGCUAAGGGGCAGGAUAUGCGGAAAGUGCGACUCAUACAGUUUGAGAAGAUCACAGAGGAACCCAUGGGAAUUACUCUGAAACUGAAUGAAAAACGGUGCUGUACUGUGGCCAGAAUUCUCCAUGGUGGCAUGAUUCAUAGACAAGGCUCCCUUCAUGUGGGGGAUGAGAUCUUAGAAAUCAAUGGCACAAAUGUGACUAAUCACUCAGUAGACCAACUGCAGAAAGCAAUGAAAGAAACCAAAGGAAUGAUCUCAUUGAAAGUAAUUCCUAAUCAGCAGAGUCGUCUUCCUGCAUUACAAAUGUUCAUGAGAGCACAGUUUGACUAUGAUCCAAAAAAGGACAAUCUGAUCCCUUGUAAGGAGGCAGGACUGAAGUUUGUUACUGGAGACAUUAUCCAGAUCAUCAACAAGGAUGACAGCAACUGGUGGCAGGGGCGGGUGGAAGGCUCUUCCAAGGAAUCAGCAGGAUUGAUCCCUUCUCCUGAGCUGCAGGAAUGGCGAGUGGCAAGUGUGGCUCAGUCGGCUCCGAGUGAAGCCCCAAGCUGCAGUCCUUUUGGGAAGAAGAAGAAAUACAAAGACAAGUACCUGGCCAAGCACAGUUCAAUUUUUGACCAGUUGGAUGUCGUUUCCUAUGAGGAAGUUGUUCGGCUCCCUGCAUUCAAGAGGAAGACCCUGGUGCUAAUAGGAGCCAGUGGUGUGGGUCGCAGCCACAUUAAGAAUGCUCUGCUCAGCCAGAAUCCGGAGAAGUUUGUGUACCCUGCUCCAUAUACAACAAGGCCACCAAGGAAGAGUGAAGAAGACGGGAAGGAGUAUCACUUCAUCUCAACAGAGGAAAUGACAAGAAACAUCUCUGCCAAUGAGUUCUUGGAAUUUGGCAGCUAUCAGGGCAACAUGUUUGGCACCAAAUUUGAAACAGUGUACCAUAUCCAUAAACAGGACAAGAUUGCCAUCCUUGACAUUGAACCCCAGACCCUGAAGAUUGUUCGAACUGCAGAGCUUUCACCUUUCAUUGUGUUCAUUGCACCUACAGACCAGGGCACUCAGACUGAAGCCCUGCAGCAACUACAAAAGGAUUCUGAGGCCAUCCGUAGCCAGUAUGCUCACUACUUUGACCUCUCUCUUGUAAAUAAUGGUGUUGAUGAAACUCUUAAGCAAUUGCAAGAAGCCUUUGAACAAGCAUGCAAUUCUCCACAGUGGGUGCCUGUAUCCUGGGUUUACUAAGCUUACAGAUGGAAGAACCCAUUCUAGCCUCUUUCUCCAGCAUUUGGAACUCCAUUCCCCUUGCUUUAAGUCAAACAGGACUGCCUUCAACUAGUGAUGUCAGCUGUCUUAAGUAGUAGGAUUCAGUUUCCUUGCUCAGGCUCCUGAAGGGCUGGGGGUUUCAUUUUCCUGACAAAUGGGGCCCUACUGAUCUGAGUUUCAAAGAAGUCUUUGGAAAUUGAGAGUAAGAAGUACUAUACAAAUGAAACUAUUAAUCAAAGAUGACGCAAGAAAAAAAGAGCAAUGAGUCAUGUCCCUCUGAAGCCUGAGAUCCUUUACUCUCAACUAUGCUAGGCCAUCUUCUCAAUUGUCUUUUUAUUCUUGAUUGAAUAUAUUCUGCAACUUUAUUAUACGCCAAAAGGAAACAGCUGUGAAAUAGAUUGUCUGUUCUAGGGAAACCCUCAAAAGCAAUAAAAAUGCUGCUGUGUCAAAAUGCCAA